AUGAUCACCGUCAUUCUACUAGUUGCUCGUGUACCUCCUCUUCACCCUCCAGUCGCCCCACCCGAUGAAAAGCCAGCUCCAGAUAUGCAAGUAGACGUGGAGAAAUUUGUCACCAUCCUCGAGCCCGCGCCAAGUUACAGUACAGCACUUGUGAUUCCUUGUCACAAUAGUAACCAUGACGCCACGAGAAAGGUACUCAAAAGCGCAUUUGCGCACUUUCGUCCGCAGGAUAUCUUUGUCGUCGACAAUGGACGCACCAGAUAUCCUACUUCUCCUAAGUUCCGUCACUUCGUCCGCGGAGAGCACCCCGAUAUCAACUAUAUCUGGUCACCUAUCGGGAGCAAGAAUGCUGCACAGCUGGUUGGCGCAAUGGCUGCUAAGAACUACGAUUGGAUCAUGACUGUAGAUGACGAUGUCUCAAUCCCAUCCACUUUCCGACCUCCCAUCGAUAAGAUGGACGAAGUCACCAAAGGCUGCGCAUUCCCCCUCAAGGCUGUCGACGCCAACGGCGAUGUACCACUCUGCCUGGUCGCAUGGCAAGAUUGCGAAUACAAGAUGUCCGGUCUUACCAAGCUAGCCGAGUCGUCGAUAUGUGGAGUACUGUAUCCUCACGGCGCCGGCUGGUUCUGCGAAAGAGAGACAUUAAUCGACCUUAUUAGCAACUACCACUCGAUUGAUUUCAUCGCCGAAGACGUCAACACGGGCCUAUCGAUGCAGAAGAUGAAGAAGCGCAUCGCUUUCGACGCGACAUGCGUGCUCGAAACCGAAGUUCCCACUACCGUCCUUGGGCCAGGCCUCAACUGGUGGAAUCAGCGAUACCGCUCCUGGGAAAUGGGCCGUCAUGGACGUCUUAUCGCAUUCGCCGACCGCAUGCUGUUUUCUCUCAAUGGCCAAAUGACUCCAUGUGGCAUAUUCACUCAAAAGUUCAUUCAUCUCUACUCCAUCGCUACCAUCAUCGUAGAUUGGGUGCGCAUUCCCGUUUUCGUCACCAUGGGUGGUGAUGUAAAUUUCUGGCGACUCGGUUUACCACUUAUGCUGCUGGCGACAAUUCCUAUCCUUGCUUUCAAGUAUAUCAACGCGCGACACCGACCCGACCUACAACCACGAUUCUGGGCCGCCACCACUUAUCCGCUGUAUAAACAACUUUACUCGCUUGUUUCGAUCUUUGGCGCUAUUCGCGCAGUUGUUUUUUACAUCGGAGGCCACAAGAAGCCCAAGACUAUUAAAAGGAUGAUCAAGGAUAAGGAUCCGAAUGCCGUGUGGCUGGAUCCUCGCUUCGAAAGUAAUCCAGCUUACCUUGCCGAUGAGUCGGAAGCUCUAAUUGCCGCGUCGAAAGGUACUAAUUACGACAACAAGGCGCCUACGUCGGUGUACAUACCCCCUGGUUCUCCUGGGCUGAUUUAA